UGGAUCAAAGUUUAAAUUGAUCACUGACCAUGCAGCAUUGAAAUAUUUGAAUAACAUGAAAGAACCUAAAGGGAAACUAGCUCAAUGGAUUAUGACUUUACAAUCCUAUAAUUUCGAAGUAGAGCACAGGGCAGGAAAGAAACACCAAAAUGUAGAUGCUAUAUCAAGAAUCAAGUCGGAAUAUUGGUAUUAG